AACAGUAUCUGGUCAGCGAUUAGAUCUAGACCUACCACUUGAAAAGACUUGUAUAAGUUAAUACUAAAGUAUAUAAAUUAUUGUCUUCGAACGCUUCACGUAUCUGAGUUCUUCUAGUGUAGAAUGUCUGACCAAUCAAGCACAUCUAGUGAUAGCCGAGAGGCUGCUAUCCGAACAUCUGUAGUCCAUGUCCAAGCUUUGUCUCGUCUCAGAAGUUUCAGUGGUAACUUCUUUGCUCUGGCCGGAUUUGACCGCGUUCGAAGUGACAGCAGUACACCCAAGGCCUCGGAAAGUACAACCAAUAGCAGUACUGAGAGCCAAAAUCCUGGCAAUAGGCAUGUGCGUACAGUGUUGGUUUUGAACAGUAAGUGCUUAUACUAUGAAGCACAGAACUGGAGACGAGAGGUCUUGCUUGAAGAUCUACUUGGAGUUGAAAUCUUAUCAAACCCACCGACGAACAAUGUAAAUGCUUGUGAGCUGAAUGUGCACUAUUAUCCGGUCUACGGUAAAGCUGAGCCGUAUCCAAGCCGCAAACGUUUGUUGAUGAGUGUCCAGUUUUGUAGCGAGGCAACACGUGAGGCAAAUGUAGAGACAGCUAAGGAGUGGAAGCAUCUCAUACUGCUUGAGAGUGAGAGGGCUGUUCAGAGGGAGUUUUGUUGUGCUGAUGAGAUAGCGGACAAUGUAGAGGAGAUCCACCAGAGGAAAUUCUUGAUUUUCAUAAACCCAGUUGGGGGUCAAGGGAAGGCUGUGGUAGAGUUCGAGAGGAUUGUGCGACCUCUUUUUGACCUGGCCGAAAUCAAGUAUGAUGUCAUUGUCACAGAGCGUCGGAACCAUGGUCGAGAUGUGAUCAAGACAUAUGAUCUCUCCUCUGUGGAUGGCAUAGUGUUUGCAUCUGGUGAUGGUAUACUCUAUGAGAUUAUCAAUGGUAUAAUGGAAAGGGAGGAUUGGGAGACGGCCAUUAAGACCCCAGUAGGCAUACUCCCCUUGGGAUCAGGCAACGCCCUCUGUGCCUCUUCCCUACAUGAAGCAGGAGAAGAGUAUAGCCUUCUGAAUGCAGCAUUCAUGAUCAUCCGUGGAAGACCCAUUCCCUUGAACGUGUCCACAUUGCAGAUACCUGGGGGCCACAAGUGCUACAUGUGCUUACUGGCCUCCUGGGGUAUAGUGGCUGACAUCGAUAUUGAGUCUGAGAAGCUCAGAAAACUUGGACCGUCGAGAUUUAUUUUGGGUGCUAUCAGCUGCAUAAUCCAGAACCGAAAGUACCCGGGGAAGCUCAGCUACCUCCCUCUUCAAGAAGACGAAUCAACUGAUCGGUCCACCAACGACCCCAUCAAAACCCAACAGAGCAGUGAGCCUACCCUCUCUUCAGAUCAAGACCUGCUUAAACAAUCUUCCCAAGACGAGGUGGAUGGGUCUAAGGACAAUGCCCCGGGUGCAAAAACUACCGUGGAUACAGCAGGAGACGCUGCACCCAUUACUGAGCCGGUGGAUGGGUCUAAGGACAAUGCCCCGGGUGCAAAAACUACUGUGGAUACAGCAGGGGACGGUGCACCCAUUACUGAGCCGGUGGAUGGGUCUAAGGACAAUGCCCCGGAUGCGAAAACUACUGUGGAUACAGCAGGGGACGCUGCACCCAUUGCUGAGUCCGCAUGUCAGGCUAGCGUUGAAUCACCAUCUACACAAUCUGCUGAGUCAGUCACUACAAGCCUGGCAGAUAUUAUAAUGACAAAGUGUUCUAACGGCCCUAAAGCAGAUCUGCUACCCUCUUUCUCAACUCCGGUGCCUUCGAAUUGGAUUACACUUCAGGACGAUUUCGUAACGGCAGCUGUCAUGAUAGUCGCACACAUGGGCAGGGCUAUGUUUGGAGACCCCAACUUGUCCUUAGGCGAAAACUCAUUCAGUAUUGUCCUUCUCAACGGAACUAUGACACGAAGGGACAUGGUCACGAUGUUUACAGAAUCCAGCAGUGCAGGUCAUCUCACUUUGGAGUCUUGCUCCGUGAUCAGUGCGAAAGCAAUUCGUCUCGAACCUUUGACACCUGAGGGGAGAAUUAGCAUAGACGGAGAGGUGAUACCGUAUGGUCCAAUUCAGUGUCAACUUCACCCACGACUGGCCAGAGUCAUGUGUCGGAAGAGAAAAGAGCAAGCACUGGUACAGUGAACAAGACUAUAUAUUUAUGCUACAUCAGAUUUCUUUAUGUGCCUUUCAUUUUACUUUUAUGUUACUACUGACAUGUACAAGUAGUUUCCACUCGUGUAGGUUUGUAUUUGUGAUCAAAGUGAAA